AAUGUGAAACAACGCUGCCAUCUAGUGGAUACAUUUUCUAACUGCUUGUGUUCCUACUUUGAGUCAUAUAAGAGAUUUUGAUGAUAGAAUGUGAGCAGUACAUUUAAAAAUAGUUUAUUGAUUGAUUAAGCUUGACUGAUUGAGCUUGAUUAAAAUCAUGGCAGAGACGGAUUAUUUCAGUUGUGUGGGGGGUCAUGUUUAGGACCAAUCUCUCUCUGUGCUUGGGUUGACAUUAUUUGGGGUGCAUAUGUGUCUGCAUGUCAGUGGGGUUAUUCGUCUAUUAGUUUAUGUUGUCACUAAAAAGGAAAGUGUAAGGGCCGAGAUUCAUGGUUUGUUUGUGAAAACACUUAUGCUGGUUAUAAGGUUAUUUUUAUAUUAAAUGUUACGUUUUGGUUCUCUGCUCUCAUUCAAAUGAGAGAUGAGCUGUGGAGAAGGUCAGGAAGUGAAACGGAGCAAUAGCCGUUGGUCUGCAUUGGGUAUCAGCUGUGAGACGGAUAGAAAAAUGCAACAAGAGGAAGAACUUAGCAAAGAAAGUGAGCUGUAUACUCGGAAGUACUUUCAGAUGUUCUACUCGUCAUGUCUGCGCACUCACUCCGUUUCCACACAUGCGCGUCUCCUCCUACAUAUUCUAGUAAGCCAGCCGUUUCCUCUUUGCUCUUCCUUCCUACAUGUUGUCUCUUUCUCUGUUAUUUCUCUGAGCUUUGAAACAUGCCAGGACAGCCCCGUCCAUCCAAGAGUGGCCUCGUCCGAUGACCCAGCGCCCGCCGCCUUGCCCCGCGUCAGGACGCCCAAGACACCCGAAGACCCGUCCCCGCGCCUGCCGCUGGAUCCUCAGCAGCCUGAGGUGUUGACGAGCGCACAGCCAGCCCUGCCGGCCAGAGACCUCUGGCGGCCCCCUUCCAUCACUGCAUCAAAACAGGACAGUUCUGAUGACUCUGAUUAUACAGAGCCAUUUAUCCCAAGUAGCCUUUUAGUUAACUCACCAGACAAGGAUAUGUUACUGCCCGUGCCAAGGCAGAAAAAGCGUAUCAGUUCAUUGUGCAGCGAUGACGAGCUACUGGAUGACGACGAGUCAAAUGCUAACCAUCGUGACUCAUGGUUGGACUACGAGCCUGUGUCAACACAAGGCAGUCUUUAUCUGCCGUCCUGCGGCCCAUUGGGCCUGCCUCCAAAAGAAGACUCCGCCCACCAGAGCGCGGUCAUUAAAAUGGGCUGGCUGGACAAGAACCCCCCGCAGGGGGCCCUCUAUUACCAGAGACGAUGGGUCAAACUUGAUGUGGACUACUUGAGAUACUUUGACAAUGAGAAGGAGGUGUACUCCAAGAGGAUGAUUGCAACAGCUGCCAUCACAAACGUCCUGUGUGUGGGAGAGCUGAAGUUUGAGGUGGUCACCAACAACCGCACCUUCCUGUUCCGGGCAGAGAAUGAAGUUGAGAGGAACGACUGGGUUGCUGAUCUGCUGGACUGCACCAGGGGGCGCCGUCGCAUCAGCACUAUCAGCACAGGCUCAUCUGUGACCACUGAGUGUUAUAAGGGCUACCUGGAACUCCGAGGCUUACGCUCCAAACUCUUCACUGUCGUGGCCUCAGAUAAAGUCUUCCUCUACAAGAACAUUGAGGACUACCACUUAGGAAUGGGCAUAACUUCCAUAGACAUGAACGUGGGGAACGUUAAGGACACCGACCGGCGUUGCUUCGACCUCACCACGCCCUACCGCAUAUUCUGCUUCACGGUGGAGUCAGAGCAGCUCAAGGAGCAGUGGGUCGAGGCCAUGCGCACCGCCAUAGGGGAGGCCCUGUCCAAUAGCGAGGUGGCUGAGCGGAUCUGGGCGGAGCCUAGCAACGGAUGCUGUGCCGACUGCGGCGCGGCGGGUCCCGACUGGGCGUCCAUCAACCUGUGUGUGGUGGUCUGCAAACGCUGCGCAGGAGAGCACAGAGGACUGGGUCCCAGCGUCUCUAAAAUUCGUAGUCUGAAAAUGGACCGGAAAGUCUGGACAGAGGAUCUCAUACAGCUGUUUUUGUUGCUAGGCAACGAGCGGGUCAACGCGUUCUGGGCCGCCAACGUGCCGCCCAGCGAGGCCCUGGCGCCCUCUAGCUGCAGCAGGGAUAGGCGGAGCUUCAUCGGCAACAAGUACCGCCAGGGAAAGUACAGGAAGUACCACCCGCUGUACGGCAAUCAGAGGGAACUGGACAACGCGCUGUGUAUCAAUGUGCAGUGCAGUGACGUGCUGGAGACACUGAGCCUGGUGUUCUGCGGUGCCGAUGUGAACGGUCCGACCGGCAUUGCCGACUGCCCCUCGACGUUUUCCCUGGCCACGGCUCACGGCCAGCCCCUGCAGGCCGAGUUCCUCAGCCGCAACCUCAACACAGAGCUGCCCCGCUCCGAGGUGGGCGGGGCCAUGGAGACGGUGCACUAUGCGCCCUCGCCGUCCGUCUCCCACAACGGCUUCCUGUACAAGACGGGCUCCAUGGCACGUGCCAUCGCAGAGAAGAAGGGCAGAGACGAGUUCAGUCGUCGCUGGUGCACACUGAACGACGGAUGCUUCAGUUACUACGAGAGCGACAAGAACUCCAGCCCCAACGGGACGCUGAAGGCAGCCGAGAUAGUGUGUCUGGCGGUCAGCCCCCCUGAGAAACAUGGGUACGACCAUACCUUUGAGCUAUACUCUGACUCAGACCGCCUCUAUUUGUUCGGCACCGAUGACCCGGAGAGUCAUAGGGAAUGGGUCAAGUCCCUCGCCAAGACCUUCAUCCCAGCCAAUGCAGAGCCUCUGCUGAGGUUGGGCUUCGAGCGGAUUGGUCGACUAAAAUACAAAGAUGGGUUGAACUUGCAGACGCCCAAGGUUGGGUGGUUCGCUCUGGUGGGCUCCACACUUUACGCCUACCUAGACAACAGCCAGGGAGAGGAGAUCCAUCUGCGCAAACUCCUCGAGCUCUCAAUCCAACAAGACAAUGAGGUGCUGGUUCUGGUGGAGAGGGGCAGGACUCUGUACAUGGAGGGGGAGAGGAAGCUGGACUUUGCCGGCUGGUGCUCUGCCAUCCAGAGCGCUGCGGGCAGCGGCGGGGACACCCUGAGUCAACAGCAGCUCACGGACACGGACAUACCCGUCAUAGUGCACAGCUGCAUCGGAUACAUCACCCAGUGCGGGCUGACCUCGGAGGGAAUCUACCGCAAGAGCGGGGUGAACUCGCGCGUGGCGGCGCUGUGUGACGAGUUCCGCCGCGACGCGCGCAGCAUCUGCCUCCGGGAGGGCGUGCACCAGGUGGACGACGUCAGCAACGCCCUCAAGCGCUUCUUCAGGGACGUGGAGGCGGGCCUGUUCACCCCCGAGGCCACCGCCGCCUGGCUGAGCACCGUUGCCCUGCCGGAACACAGCCAGAAGAUAGCCCAAUACCAGCUGCUGCUGAGCAGACUGCCCUGUGUCAACAAGGCCACUCUGACAGCCCUGGUGAAACACCUCUACUGUGUGCAGCGGUUCUCCGAGCUGAACCAGAUGAACCUCCACAACCUGGCCAUAGUGUUUGGUCCCACGCUCUUCCAGACCGACGGCAAGGACUACACAGCCGGCCUGGUCAUCGAGGGCCUCAUAGAACACUACACGCGCAUCUUUGAGGUGGAUGAGCAGCAGUUGAAGAAGCAACUGGAUGAGAUCACAGCCAUCAUCAAAGUGCGAGAGAGCUGUAAUACAAAAGUCCCUACAAAUGGCUCUGGGGAUUUUAUCUGCACCGUGUACUUGGAGGAAAAGACUGAAACAGCUGAACAGCAUGUAAAGAUCCCUGGCUCCAUGACGGCGGCAGAGCUGACCUGUGAGAUCCUGGACCGGCGGAAUAUUCCCAUCAAGGAGAAGGACUACUGGAGCUGCUGGGAGAUUAGUGUGAAGGAGGAGAUUGAACGGCCGCUGCACUAUCAGGAACGGGUGUUGGCCAUGCUGCACUCACUAGGAACGGACUCCUACCUGCUCAUCAAGAAGCAUCUCGCCAUGGAGAUUAUGAAGGUCUACCUGGCCACUAAAGUGGACGUGGCCAAAAACGGAUUGAUGAAGUUUAGAGAAGAGCGCAGCAUCCUGGGCCUGGGAGGCUUCCAUGAACGCUACUUCAUCCUCAACGCCAACACCCUGAGGAUGUACAAAGAAGUCAGGAGUAACCGGCCUGAACGGGAUUGGUCGGUGAAGAGCUUGAGGAUCUACCUGGGCAUUAAGAAGAAAGUCCGUCCUCCUUCUAGUUGGGGCUUGACGAUGGUGUAUCAAAGUGAGAAACAGGAGAAGCCCGAAAGACAGCAGUGGUAUCUGUGCUGUAGCAGUGAGGCUGAGAUGACCGAGUGGUUUGCAACUUUCCUCAGUAUCCAGUUCGACGGGGACGUGUGGCCCGAGCACGGCGUGCAGCACCGCCGCAGCACCCGCCCGCCGCCGCCUGACAUUCGCCAUGGUAACGUGUCCCUGAUACCGCUGCGGGGCAGUGAGAAUGAAAUGCGGAACAGUGUGGCAGCUUUCAGCCAGGACCAGCUUGCUCUUUUUAGGGACAUUCGAUAACAGGACAGGAUAAAGUGGAGACAAUCAACCUCAUCUGAUGCCUUCCAAAGGUUCUGAUGUCGUCAUCAUCAUUCUGCGACUAUGGAUUCUAGACUGUGAGCCAGUACAGACACUGAUAUUUGACACUGCCGUCAUCUUGAAUGGAUUCAAAUUCUACAGAUAAACAACCAACCCGGAUCAUGUGGAAGAAAAGGACCUACUAAAUGGUGCAUUGUAAAGGAGAGGAACCCAAUGCCCAUCCAAAAUGGCACCCUGCAAUCACGGCAGGUCGGAUUGGGGGGCGUAUGUCACUCCUUAACUUCAUGAAUCCUUCCAGCAGACCGUUAAAUGUUGCCUCACUGCCUUACAUUGUGUGAUGGAACAGGGGAGCUAUCUAACCCCUUGUGGUAUAUUUUUAUGAACAGAUGAAGUCAGGUUUCUGAAGCGCUAGCUUAGAUAUUUCUAACUCUUUGAAGGCUGCCUUUCAUAGUCUUUGAAAUAGAUGUUAUUAUUCAAAAAUCCAGAUGUAGACCUUUCAGAUUUAACAUUGUUUUUUGGUCGUAUUGUACUGCUCUUGUGCCAUGGUUUUCGUUGUAUUUCCGUGACUGCGAGAAGAGCUGUUCCGUGUCGUUGCCGGAACACCAAGUAGAGAGCAAUGGUCCGGACGGGGGUUCUGUCGUAAGGAGGCCUCGGGUCUAAAUAGGGACACAAGAGAAGGACGUCCAGGAGAUGCAGACCAUAGAUCAGGUCUCACCUCAUUAACGUGUCCCUUCUGUUCACCAUACACUGCAUAGACCAAUCGUCCAAUAAUCAUCUCAUCUGUGUCGACUGCUUCGGGAUUCAGAGCGUGUUUAUGUCAGUGGAGGACAUUUAACAAGACUGUGAGGAGGACGUGCUGGCAUCGUGCUGCACACUAAAUAGAAGUGAUUCAUCAAUAUAAAAAAAAAGGCAGAACGAGUGUGCUUUGGAUUACUCCCCCCCCCCGUUGUCGCCCAGCUCUCACGCUCGUUUCGAGAUGCCUUUCGAUGCAGUGACACGAAAGGCCAUCGAAGGACUGCAUGUUCUGCAGCUCACUGUUACAGAGCCCUAUGCAUCCAUUUCUUCUCUCUACAUUCGCACAAACGCACCUCAAAUAUGUUUAAAUAUAUAUUUGAUUGAUUUGUCUCAAAAUUGCACACCUUACCUUUGUUGUCAAAGUGUACUUUUCUUCUUUGAUAUGUUUGUACGUAGUGAAUAAAUUCAGAUUUGAUGCAGGACUUGUAAUCAAUGGUUGGUGCACCUUGACUGUUACCUGUGCUUUGUUGUCUAGUUACAGUUACAGUUACAGUUGACUAAUUAAACAGCUGUUUAAUUAGUCAACAUUUGGCUCCCUCUUCCUGUCCUCAAAUAGUCAAAAACCAUUGACCUUUAUUUACAUUCAUAUUAAACAUAAAAAUAAGAUAUUCAUUUCGGUACUGCCCAUACUCGAUUAUUGUGUCAAUCCCAUCUUACAGUGUUUAUCGUCUCUCUAAGCCUAACAACGCAAUGAAUCCAGCAGGAGAAUGUAUGCAUUCAUGCUUUUGUUGUUUUAUGUAUGCCCGUAAAGCAAUCAUAUCUAAGCAAACUUAGGGCCCAGUUGGUGUCGGACCUGAAGGGUAGCUUCAAAACAAUUAGCUGUGCUACUUACCCAGGCAGGAAUCUGACAUGCUCAUGACGCACGCGAACAGAGCACAAGUCUUCUUUGUUUUUUUUACCAGCUUGUAAAGUUUCAUCCCAAUUUCAUGCUACAACUAUACAACAGGCCUUCGGAAUGGCUCGGAGGGAAAAAAGGAUGAAAAAAAGAUAAAAGUCACGCGCUGGCAGGCGCAACAGUGCGGGGACAGGGGUGGGGGCCCCGAGGAGGUUUAAACACCCGCCUGAGUCACAGUGGUGCACCAGCUCGGCGUUCAUGCUUCUAAACAAGGUUGACACAUCCGGGUCACCCUUUACCUCCAAGAUACACACCGGAGAGCACCCGCAAGGCCCACAUACACGGGAGACCUUCACAGACACACACGCAUGCAGGGGAAACCACCAGGGGACAAUUUCUUACUGCAUAAGAGUACAGCCUGCUUUAACACACACACACAGCUUAGGUGGCCUUUACCAUAUAGGUCACCACAGCAGUUGUGUAAGCUUCUAGGGUGAGGCUGUAUUUCAGCUUGAGUGGAGCUAAGGGAGUUGGGUAUGGAAAUCCCUUUUACUCACUUUGAGGAUAUUAAAAAAACAAUUUGGUGGCUCAUCAUCGGAUGAAUCAACAGAUGAGGGAUUUUGUUAGCGUGUUUCUAGUACAAAAGCUCAAAGUCACCCAAAUUAGGAUAGUCAUGAUACUUUGCCUCUGAUGAUUACCCAGCCUCAUAUCCUUUAUUUAUUAAAUGAGCGUGUUUGAUUUGAUGGUGGUCUACUUACGACUCGCAAGUUAUUUUAAAUGUAAAAAAGUUUUUACUUUUUAAAUGUUAUACUGCAUGCCAUGGUAUGGUGACAUUUCUCAGCUUAAGUCGGAUGCUUUUUUACAGUCAGAUAAAAUUCAGCAAAUACUGCCUUUGGACAUUAAAAAAUUAGGAGGGUAUUAGGGAUUUUUGAGUGCGUAAGCGGCAUAAGUAUCUCUGUGCUUGCAGUUUUGGGCUCUGAAUUUGCAAAAAAAUGAAAUGAUGUGGCUGUUGUGCUAGAAAAAGAUAAUAUUCAAAUAAAGAAACUGGCCUAUCAGUCUGAAUCAGAAGCACCACCAACAGUGUCCUCCUAUAGGGAGGGGGUCAACGUAAACAGAUGGUGGAGGUAAUGAGAAAAAAUAUAUCACUUUUUACCAACGAUAACCAUGCAUGAAUCUGAAAUGACUGAGCAACAUAAGGUUAGCGGGGAUUGGAACAGAGCAACCCUGCAAGCUAUUACAAAUAUCUUGUACGCUGAUUUUGUUCAGACUUUUUUCACUCUAACCCUAAAAAUAUGAAUUUCAUGACUUCAGAAUAGCAAAGGAUGAGAACAAACAUAGUAUAAUUAUUAUUGAUAAAAUCAAUGUUGAUAAAUAAUAUUAUUAUGGACCUCAAUCUUCGUGGGUUGGGCCUUUUGGUCCACAAAUAGUUUUUCUUCUCUUUUCCAAAUUUGAUUUCCAAUCCAUUUGAUUAGAGGCCCCAACAUACUGUGUCUUUUUCACAGAAUUUAAUCAAAGCAGGAUACACGACUGAGCGCCCGUACAUCAGCCCCUUAUUAUACAGCUUGCUUAUUAUACAGCAGCUUGCUGAUAGACUACAAGAGCUAUGUUACCCAUUCAAAAUCAGUGCAUGAAGAUAUACAGCAUUACAGGGUCUAGCGAUACAUGGAUUGAGAUCAGAUAUAUUUUUAUUGAGAUCUGUAAAAAAUGUAGGAUGGAAAUGUACUUUCCUUCAAACUACCGUAAGCUUCUUCCAGCAAUUGCGUAAGAGAUAUAAAUACCUGCAAGCUAUUCACGAUUUAUACUGCCUACUGCCCUUUAUGAACUAUGUGUACAGGUUUUUGUUUCUCAUAUUCCAGCCUUUAAAACGCAAGGCCUCAUAUUCCAUUUAUUCCAUUGAACUUGGACAUUAAUACAAACCCUUUUCACAACCCUGGAUGUUGUCAAAAUUGCGAAACACACACAUGCGUACACACACACACACACA